AUGGCCUCCAAGAGGAAAUCAUGGGAUUUCACCAAGUUGGAGAGCUUGAGUACAAAGGACUCUUAUCGCACUUUGGUUUCUGCCAUUGUUCCUCGCCCCAUUGCGUUGGUAUCUACUCAAGCUAAGGAUGGGAAUGUGCCUAACCUGGCACCGUUCAGUCUAUCGCCCCGUAGACCAAAAGACACACGUAAUAAUAUUUUGGCCACGAGGGAGUUCACUAUCAGUAUCAUCAGCGAAGGCUUUGCAGAAGCUGCAAAUUCUACUUCUGUAGAGUCGCCUGCUGAUACGGAUGAGUGGCUUAUCAGUGGCUUGACAAAAGAGAACAGUGACAUUGUUAAACCGCCAUUUGUACGGGAAAGCGCUGUCGCCAUGGAAUGCGAGCUAUACAGUUUUCAGGAUAUUAGUGUUCCCGGAUCAGAGGUGCCCACAGUGACAGUUGUUCUGGGUUUGAUCAAGAAGCUGCAUGUUCGAGAAGCAGUUCUUUGUGAAGACGGAAUUACCGUCGAUCCUGCGAAAUUGCGACCAGUUGCGCGUCUCGGAGGAACGACUUACGGGAGACUCCUCGAAGGUUUUGAUUUACCGCGACCGUCUUGGAGGGAACUUCGGGACGAAUAUCCUAAGCUUCCUCGGCCUUGA